AUGGAUAGAAAAGAAACAGAAAAAGAAAAGAUGAUUAGUUCAAAACUAUAUUUCUCUGGUGAUGCAGAGUUGACACAAGAUCGUUUAAAUGCAAAAGAGAUUUGCUAUGAUUUCAACUUGCUGAGACCAUCGUUACGUGAAGAAAGAGCUAAUCUUAUAAAGAAACUCUUUGGAAAAACUGGAAAGGAUAUUUGUAUUGAAUCUCCAUUCCAUUGUGACUAUGGUUAUAAUAUUGAAGUUGGUAAUGGAUUCUAUACUAACCACGGCUGCUGUUUUCUUGAUGUGGCACCAAUAAAGAUUGGUGAAAAUUGUAUGUUUGGACCAAACGUCGGUCUAUACUGUGCUGGUCACCCCAUUGACGUCGCUACAAGAAACUCCUAUCUAGAAUAUGGAUAUCCGAUCACUAUUGGAGAUAAUGUUUGGAUAGGAGGCAAUGUAACUGUGCUGCCAGGUGUGACCAUUGGUGAUAACACCAUUAUUGGAGGUGGAAGUGUAGUAACAAAAAGUAUACCAUCAAAUUGCAUCGCAGUUGGUAAUCCAUGUAGGGUUUUAAGAGAGAUCACAGAAGAAGAUAAAAACAAAUAUAAACAAGAAAAUCCAAAAUAG